CCCACUUGUCGCAUUAGUACCCGCACAAUUCUUCACAUAUUAAGAAUCUGUUGACCCUCCCAGUCCCCCAAUCCCUGCAAAAACAACCAAAACAAAGUGCAAAACAAUCCCAGAGCCUCUUCAAAAGUGCAAAGUGUCUGAAACUCAUUGAAAUAAAAAAUGGGAAAAACCAAAACUGGAAGAGCUGCGGCGAUAUGCACAGUUCUGGCGUUUGUUUUCGUGAUGAUUGCGUUCACCACACCCAACUGGCUGGAGACCGAUGGAAGACUGGCGCAUCCAAAAUUUUUAAGAAUAGGUCUCUGGCAGGUCUGCCUCCAGGACUUCCAGGACACGCAUCACAUGUACGACACGAGAUUCACCGGCUGCUGGUGGGUCUUCGAAGAGGAGUACUACAUCAUCAGGGACAUUCUCCUCCCCGAGUUCUUCGUUGCGACGCAGUUCUUCUUCACCCUGUGCCUGACUCUACUGCUGAUCGGUGGAUUCCUAACGGCUCUCUACGGCUGUUGCUCGCGCUCCCAUCCGCGUCACCAGGAGCUCCUCUGGGCGAUCGGAGGGAACUUGACCCUCUCGGGGAUCAGCGGAUUCAUCGCAUGCAUCAUCUUCGGGGCGAGGGGGGACGGCAGGGAUUGGAUGCCCGAUUGGGAGCACAAUGAUAUCUCUUGGUCAUUCGCUAUGGCUGUCGUUGGAAGUGUUUUGCUUCUCGCUGCUGGGAUUUUGUUCUUGGUGGAGGCGAGGAGACACAAGAAGAGGCACGAGAGGAUGCUUGAUGAGGAACCUAAGACCCAUACCACUAUCUAAUAGCUUCGUUUUUUUAGAGGAAUAAGGGGUAGUGGUGGGAUGAGAUGAAGUAGAGAAACACCAGCAGAAAUAUGUAUUCAGCACAAUUUAAGGUCACCUUGAGGGCCAAUUUAACCCUCAGAAGGUCCUCCAAGGUUAAAGGUUAAAUUGGCCCUCGAGGUCGUUUGGAGUUGCGGGUCAAAUAGUUUUGAGGGUCAAAUGAUCCUUAAAAUUUUUAGAGUUGAGGGUCAGAUUAAGGGUGAAAUAACUAUCAAGGUCGGUGGGAGUUGAGGGUCAAAUAGUUUUGUGGGUCAAAUAAUCCUUUAAACUUCUAAAGUUUAGGGUCAGACGUACCUGAAGGUCAAAUUAAGGAUGAAAUGCCCAUCAAGAGCAUUUGGAAUUGAGGGUCAAAUCGUCGUGGAGGUCAAUCUCCCUUAAAAACGUUCACGAUUAAGCGUCCAAUGAUUUUACGGAGUCGAACAAACAGAUUCUUUAUUAGAACUGAGUAAUCGGAAGAGUUAUUUGACCCUUCACCCUGCACCCCUCAAGGGUCAUUGGUCCUUUAAGACCAUUUGACCCUCAACUCCAAACAUUCUUCAAGGUUGUUUGACCCUUAACCCCGAAUGUCAUUAAGGGCCUAGAAGGGAAUGUCAUUCUGUCGUUGACCCCUACGACCCUCUGACCCUCAUCUAAAAACAAAAAAAAGUUUUUUGAAUUCUGCUGAAUAGUCAUGUCUCCAGAGAAGUGAGAUAUGAAAAUUUUCAAUAAUUUUUCAAUUUAUGAGAGUUACAAAACAACAUUUUGAUGGAAUUUUUUAGAGUGAAGUUGAAUCUACAAAAACGUCUUGACAAGAAUUUCUCUAUUAAUUCAUUCCAGAGAUAUUCGACAAGAACAAAAUUCCAAGUGAAAUUGACGCAUCUCGUCUCACCACUUGACUUUUUAAGUUACGUACAAAUUUAUAUGAGAGAAAAUCUAUUGAGGAAGAUUGUGGUGAGAUUACAAAGAAUUCUGUUCGUAAGAAUUUCUAGAUCUGUUAACAAUGAUGAAAAUUAUAUUUUUCUGCCUCCAGGAUUAUCAAUCCCAAAUGCAUAUCAUAAUCUAUUCCGACAUUUUAGUAUUUUCAAUAUUUGUUUUAAAUGAAGAAACAAAGACGAGGUGUCUGACGAUAAUUUUACAUUGAUAUACUGAAAAUUUAAUUUUGCAUACAACAAUCUCUUGGCAUUCAAGGUAUUCCACUCAGUGAGGUACCAAAUUUUAAUGAAGCGCACAUGAUUUUUUCUUAAUAAUUUUUGGAGAUAGUUUUUAUCGAUAAAUUAUCUCUGUAAUGUGAAGUACAGAUCUUGAAUCACCGUGAGAUGUCUUCAGGAUUUUUAUUGAAAUCCGUGAAAAAACCUGAGAAAAAAAUUCCGUCCAUUACUCCGAUUGCCUUGAGAAUCUCACGAAGAUUGUUAAUAUUUGUAAAUAGCUCUUAACUUGGUAUUAUUUUGUGAGAUUUUACUGACAUGAGGCUUGCAUGCGACUCGUGUCGAAUUUAUAAAUUUUAAUUAACAAUUCACAAUUCUUGAUUUCCAUGUUUAUUUUGUAAUGGAAUAUUUAUAUAGGAACGAAUAAAUCUUUCUAAUAAAAU